AUGCAAUAUUUUACAGCUGAGCACAACGAUGUGGCAGCCCUAGCGAUUUCUGGUGCAAACGGCCCCAAACCUUCAGGUCCGGGUACAAUAGGUGCUCCUGUUUCAUUAGCCACUGACAGCGAAUGGGUCGAUAUCAUGACCCGUGCCGAAAGUGCGGACGACCGACAGGCGCUGCAGACGUUCUUUGUCACAGAAGCUGCCCUAAAACCCAAAUUCGAGGAUUAUUAUUUGGGUCUCUGGGAUUCGAUGCUGGACGAUGGCGUGUUCCCAUUUGCCGAGAGCAUCGAUAAUUAUGAGUCAUCGAUGACUCAUCAGGUACCGAACAUCGCGGACGAAUCAGAUGUCUGGCGACUGGAACUGCUGCAGACUAUAAAUAGACAUGAGUCACAACAGAUGGCUGGGAUCACCAAUGAUCUGACCGGCAAACGCGUGGAGACCGACGAGGAUACGGCUCUGUUUUAUGUACCGCACAUUAACGACGUGGAUUGCAACCUGCCCUUCUUCUGCCCUCCCAACAUAGGCCACGCCGUGUUGUACCAGGACAGUUCACUCACAGGGUUGUAUCAGAAAGCUGAGAAGGGCCCCAGAGGUGGCAAUGAGAAGAAGAUAAUCAAACGCAGCUUAGCCAAUAGAAACACGUUAUCUAUAAAUAGAACUGCGUCCGCAACCACGGCCAAGGAUGCCUCUAAGGAUGCGAGCGCGCAGAAAAAACGUAAAAAGCACCCCGCGGAAAAAGCAGAAAAAGUUCUGGUACUUCUGCGAGCACAACCACGGCUUCGAGCGCCGCUGCCAGUGCGGCUGUGGGAACAGUCGGUACUGCUUCCAGUACCACAGUAA